CAACUCUUCAGUCAAAAUGCCCAUCCCCUUCUGGACAAUCGGCAGCAUCUACGGUGCAUCCGCCAUCGCAAUGGGCGCCUUCGGAGCUCACGGCCUCAAGAAAAAGAUCGCAGACCCAGCACGCAUAGCAAACUGGAACACAGCUGCUCAUUACCAACUCGUUCACUCCGGUGUCCUCCUCCUUACCGCUGCCGUCGCGCCUAAGAAUACUCUCGCUGCAAGCCUGCUGGUUGCUGGCAUGACGAUGUUUAGUGGGAGUAUUUACCUGCUUACGCUGGAUCCGCAGAGGUUCAAGGCGUUGGGGCCUGUUACGCCGCUGGGUGGAUUGUGUUUGAUUGGAGGGUGGGCGGCAUUGGCGUUUGGGAAGAGGAUUCCGCUUGUGAGGUGAUUGCUAGUUGGGAUUGUAUAUAUGGGUCAUAGAUGGUAUGGGAGCUCUCCGCUAUUGUACGAUGAGGGAUGGGAUUGAAGACUUGUGUUGAUAUUCCAGGGAUUCAUGAGGAGAAUGCAUGCCAUUAACCUCGUAGGUUAUUGGUACAUCUCACGUCUCUCCCUUACUUCAAAUGAGAUGGGAUGUCAUUCUAGAAAGAGCAAGAAAGAACAACAGUAAUCCGGAGACUUCUGCGGAGACUUCUGUAAUUAGCUGGUCACUGCCGGAUAGGUCUGGUCAAGGCAGCUUGAAAGCAUUUGCCAUUUGCUAUGGGUAUAGUCAGUCUCCAACUCGGACAGUAGUAGAACCCGUCAUUAAAGGAUGCCCCGUGUCUCAAUACUCCACCCCACCAACAACCUAACA